AUGACAAUGUCUAUUUCCGGCAUCCCCACCCUCUUCACCCGAGAGCCCGAGAUUGGAAACUCUGACGCUGGUCAAGACCUCUACGGCCUGGGUGUCCGCAUCGGCUUCUACCUCCAAUCACUCGGCAUGCUUCUGUACAUGUACAGCGGCGAGAAAGACUACGGCCAGGGCCUCAAAGUUGCUUCUGGCAGCAUCACCAUCUCGAUGCUCGCAUCAUGGUUCGGCUAUGCGGCCCGCGGGCUCCUCAGCCCCGCCGAGGCUGUCAUCGUGCUCCUCAUCAUUAUCAGCCUCAAUUUCCCGGCCAAGGCCACACUAGCCAACUCACGCACCAUCGUCGGCGAGAUGCUCGGGCUGGCCACUAUGCUAGUCGUCGAGCUGGCCACGUGUGCCGCGUUGCUGUGGACGUUUGCAAGGCUGGUCGACGGCGACCUCCCUACGCUGGGCACACCGAAUGUCGUCUUCUUCUUUGCCGAGGUCGGACUCAAUGGCUGGUUCCGCUAUCUGGUGCUGGUUUACUGCGCGAUUGAUGCUCUCACAUCUCUGUCGUUUGCGUACAAGGUCAUCCGCGUCGCGAAGGUUGUCGGGGGUCUCUAUUUCAAAGGCCGAAUUGGAGAGGGGUACGAUUGGAAGAAGACGGAACCGGAAACACUCAAAGAGAUCGACGAGAUCAUGGGAUGGAAACAGAUCGAGACGAUCGCACUGUUUCUAGCCUGGCCGCUUUGGAUUCUAGUGGUUGUGGCGGUCGAGCUCACCAUCCGAUGGAAUCAUUUGACGCCCUCGAACGACCUUCGAACUCCAGGCCAGCUGAUGGCACUGAUCACUGGCAUUAUCAUCAUCACCGACGCUGCUCUUGUUGCCGGUCGCUAUUGGAUUCCUCGGUGCAUGGAGCCCAUAGUCCGACGCAUUCCUGCGUUCAAAUUCUGCAACAUUCGCACUUUUAUGCUUCUGGAAGCACUCUGCGGAUGCGGAUGGCUGAGAUGGCUAGGGCAAUCUGGGAGCCAGCUUAAGACGCGCAUCUAG